AUGGAAAAGGCCAUAGAGGACGGAAACGAACUUAACACUGUAGGCCAGAAGCGCCCUCAUGAACAGGUCGAGUAUGCCGAUACUUCGGAAAUUAAAAGAUCUAAACCAGACGAAGAUGAUGCCGAUAUAAUUGAUGAUUUAAACUUAGAUGUUUUAAAUUCUCGAAUUGUUAUACAUACAUUAGAAACAGCGGAAGGUUGUACACAUGAGGUAGCUAUACCACCUAAUCACGAAUAUGCUGCUCUUUUACCAAUCACAUCAGAGCCAGCAAAACAGUACAGUUUUAUUCUGGACCCCUUUCAAAAGGAAGCAAUAAUGUGUAUAGAUAACUUACAAUCUGUUUUGGUUUCUGCACACACAUCGGCUGGUAAAACUGUUGUUGCUGAGUAUGCAAUUGCUCUUUCAUUGAAGAAUAAGCAGAGGGUAAUAUACACAACACCCAUAAAAGCACUAUCAAAUCAGAAAUACAGGGAAUUUUCAGAAGAAUUUUCA